AUGGGCGGUUGCCCGAGCACAGAGGAGGCCCCGUGCUCGUCUGACGGCGCCGUCGUCACCAGGCGAGAGCUAUGGGCUUCUUCUACUCUUCAGCUUGGGGGUUGUCAUCACAGGGUCCUAGACGAGCUCCUCUCGGGCGAGCGGCGCUUCAUCGCAGAUAUGCACACGCUCAUGGAAGUCUUCUACUGGCCGCUAGUGCGCUGGUUCGAGCAGCAAGACGCCGUCCGGGCGGCAGAGAUGAGCUGCCCUGUGUCCAGAGCGGACGUCGAUUCCGUGUUUUCCAACAUCGACGAGCUUAUUGUUUUCAGCAGGCAACUGCUACCUGUCCUUGAGAGAGCGCGCACGGCGAGAUCGAAAGGCAUGCUGGUUGUGUUCCUCCAACUCGCCACUUCUUCCAAGGUGUUUGAUGUGUACGUAGCAGGGUGGCCGGAGGGCAUGGACAGCUUGACGAAAAUGGAGGCGGACCCGCCGCUGGCCAUGUUCAUUAGGGCGUGCGAGCUCCAGGAGAGGUGCGGCGGCUUCCGGCUGUGGGACUUCCUCGCCAUGCCGUUACAGCGACUUACUCAGUACCGCCUCCUCGUGGAGUCCACGUCGGAGAGCUGCCCCGUUCACCUGGCGGUGCUGCACCGCGAGCUGGCGCGGAGCUUGACGCUCCCGCCCGCGGUGAGCGAACAGAUGAUGACGUCGGCCGAAGGCGGCGGCGGAGCCGCCGGCGCUGCUGCCGUUGCUGCCGGGGAUGGCCCAGGCCCUGGCCCCGGCCCCCGCGGUAUUGGCCUCGAGAGAAAGGCCCUCAGCGAACGCACUUGCCGCUCCAGCCCUACACAGCAGAUGGUGGUACCGGCAGCGCGGAGUCAACGCCAGCUGGUAGGGGCCCCGUCGCACGAUGGGGUGCUGCUGGCACGCCACAAGAUCAAGGAAGGGCGCCUCACGAAGGUUUGCCGCGACGGGCCUCGAUACAUUCGGUUCGUCCUCUUCCCCGACGAGCUCUUCCACUCGUCGCUCGAGACCAUGAGCGCUGCGAGCUUCGGCGGGGGGGGGCUUGGUCUUUGCGGCGGUGUGGCCGGGGGGGGCUCGUCCAUGGAGCGUCGCGGGUACGACCAGUGUCAGCUGCAGCAACAGCAGCGGCAGCAGCACGGCAGUCACAGAGGGAUCGGUUCGAUCCCGUUAAGGCUAGCCAAGGCUUUGUCAGAUCUCCGAUCAGAAACGUGCGCUGUUACUCUAUCUAUUCGAUCAAGCGCCGGCAGUCACGCCGCCGCACACAGCUCGUGCUUCGUGAUCGACGAGUUCGAGGCACCCUUGCAGGCGUCCUUCAUCGUGGUCUCUGCCCACGUGUCCUUUCUGCUGCAGGCGGACAGCGUGAUCGAGAAGAACGAGUGGGUGGCCGCGUUGAGGGCGGCCAUGGACCGCUGCGCGUACUCGGCCUUGACCCCCUUGACGCCCAACUCGAGCUCCCGACGCGAAGCGGCGCGGCAGACAAGCGGGAAGAAGCUGUUGACCGCCACCUCCGCCGACAUGAGCGUCGCCAGCCUGCGGACGGCGAAGACCGCUUGCGCCACCGACAUCGACAUCGACAACGACGACUGCGGCACCACCGGCAGCAACGCCCCGUCAUCCACCAAGGGCGGGGGAGGGGGGGAGGGCCACGAAGACGACCGCUACGAGGGAGGCGGUGGUGCGGAGCUCGGGGGAUCGUCGGCGUCGAUGGUGCCGCCGACGUCCGUGUCGGCGUGGCGCUCGUCGUCCCCCUCGUCCUCGUCUUCGCCCUCCCCGUCCCUGUCGUCCUCCGCCAACGGCAUCGCUGCGAGCGGGCCCGUUGCCGUUGCCGUUGCCGUUGCCGGCGGCGGCGGCGGCGGCGCGGGCGAUGCUACCGCUGAUACCCCCGCUGCCGCUGACGGUGGUGGUGCACCCGAUGGGGUUUCGGCUCUACCGCCGCCGCCGUCCACCACGACGCGGUGGCGGCAGUCGAUGCCGCGCCCGCUGCUGGUAGGGUCCGGGAGGAUUCGGGCGUCCUACAUGCUGCACAAGGCACGGGGGGGCGGCAGCAAUAGCAACGACAACAAGAAGUCGUCCGCGGCGGGCGGCGUAGGAGGGAGGCGCCAGGGUGGGGGCACGUGGAGGAAGAGGAAGGGUCCCGUCGUCCGCCUCGUCUCGCACAGGACGGCGGGCAACACCUCCUUCGACCGCCUAGCGGUCGAAGGCAGAAGUAGCGACAGAGACAAAUCCAACAAGGCCGCCGCCGUUGCCCCCGUCGCCGUCGCCGAAGGCGGCGGCGGAGGACGGUUUAAGCCGCCCAGGUGUCCGCCGGCCAGCGGCGGCGGCAGCGGCAGCAUCCACCGUGACCUAGAGGGGCAAGGAAACGACGAGGGUUGCUUUAAGCUGAAAGACAUCUCGUUCUGGGUUGCUUGCGGUCCGUCGGGCAAGGCGGUGCGGUGGGAAACCCUCCGUCUUGACUCACCCUCGAGCGACGAGGCGUGGAACGGUGUGGUGGGCUUCAGGAGGGCGCUCGCUGACCCCGCUUGCUUUGCAGAGUUCCGGAAGUUGCUGCGCAUCCGCCACGCCAGCGAGAACCUCAACUUCCGGGAGGCGGUGGUCCGCUACAGGGCCCUGUGCUACGACUGCAAGGCCAAGACCCCCGGCAGCAGCAGGAAGCACCUCAAGCCCAGGAGCAAGAGCGCGGACGCCGGGGGCGGGUCAUACGCGCCGUCGCUUCUUGCGUCGCCGUGGUCGGCCGGGCGGUGGCGCGGCGGCGGCGGUGGCGGCGGCGGCAGCACGGACGGUACCGCAACCGCCACGGACUCGUCCUCCUCCCCGUCCUCCUCGUGGGCCCUGUCCAAGCCUCACAUGGCCGCCGCCGCCGCCCGCGAUGUGAUUAUCGACCGCUUCGUGAGGGAAGGCGCUCCCGAGCAGGUCAACCUCAGCGCGGUAACACGAGAGACGAUCUUGUUGCUUCAGAAGGAGUCGGUGGAGGACGAGAGCCAGCUUUCUAUGGUAAAGCCAGGGGCGCCGUUUUUCUCGCCACCCGAGCUGCCGCCCCCGCCGCCGCCGCCGUCCGCGGAGCUGUUCGAGGAGGCCUGGGACGAGGUCUCAAAGCUCCUCCAGAGAGACGCCUUCGCCCAGUUCCGCCACAGCGAGGUGUUUUUACGACUCAAGAUGCAGUGGGGACGUCAGCCAAACGGAGUGCUCGACGCCAGCGAGUUCGUCCUCAUGCCGUCGGACGGCACGGACCGCGCCGCCGGCACGUGCGGCACCCGCGCUUCGAGCGGGCUGGCGACGGCGGCCAUGCGCCCCCCGCCGAGGACCUUCCUCGGGUGUGCCUCCGCCGUCGCCGCCGCUGCUGCGACGGGCGAACAAAAAGAACAGCCGGCGGUCCAACAAGAGAAGAAGACCGGGAUGAUCGAUGUCGACGGCGGGAAGGCAUCUCCCUGCUGCUCGAGCGCGCGGGGGCACUCGGCGCCGACGUCGUCGCCGGUGCGCCCACCCCCGUUCCCGCCCAUGGCGAGGACUCUCACUGCCGCCACUUCGGAGGCUACGACCGAGAUGACGCCCACGAAGCAGCCGGAGGAGGAAGAGGAAGAGGGAGAGGGAGAAGAGUUGAGGCCGAUGACGGCGCCUCUGCUGUGCCCCUCCUUCUCUUCCCCGUCCGUCUCUUGCUCUUCUUCUUCCGUUGCCUCUACCCACCGCCGCCGCCGUGGCGGCGGCGGCGGCGGCCCUCCCCCGCUCUCGACCCGCUCUUCUAGCUCCUCUUCCUCGUCGUCCAGGGCGAGCAUCCGGAGCCAACUCCUGUCAGGGUUGGCCGACCACGAGCUCCAGCAGUACCACCAGGAGGAGGAGGAGGAGGAGGAGGAGGAGAAGCACCAGCAGCAGGAGCAGGCGAGGCAGGAGCUCGCGAAGCAGGCGGUGACGCCGACGGCUGCUGCUGCGGCGGCGGUGGCGGCAACAGCGACGCGGACGGCGCCGGCUACGCCCGCGACUCCGGCGGCGGUUGCGGCGAAGGCGACGCUGUCGAGGAUCCGCGAGGAGGCCAGGCGUGAGAGGAUCAACUCGACACCCGGCGGGCGGCACCGGCUGCGGCUCGAGGAGGGAGGGCUUCGCAGGUCCCCCCGCCACAACAAGGUCCAGUUGCUUCUUCAGGCCCCACCGGGGACGGGCCUGGGCGUGCUGCUCGCCGACCGGAACGGGGCGGCGACCAUCGCCGGCUUUCGAUCUUCCCUGGAUGACAACUUCGACUCCGUGUUGGGUGCCGGUCUUCGAGUCGGAGACGUGAUCGUGUCCGUCAACGACACCGCCGUUCGGGGAGACUUUAACCUGGGGAGUUCGCCACGCGAUUGGGACAGCCCUUGGGGGGGGGGGGGGGGGGGUAUGCCGAGCGCUCCGUUGCCUGCACGAUAA